GUGUUUCGUAUCCUUUUCACUUGUAACUUUUGUUUUAGUAAUAAAUUAUAAGUAGUUUCAGUGGGUAUAUGAAAAGUGGGAGAGGGAAGGUGGGAUAGUGACAACCAUAGGUGACAUGAGAAGGUUAUUUUCUAUAUAUGACAAAUUAUUCCAUUCAUUUUUUACCAUAUAAUAUUGUCUCAAUGUAUUAUUAAACUGUUACAAAUACAGAAUGUAGUGCUAAUAGAAGUACUAUUGAUAAAACAAUUUACCAUGUAAGGUAAAAGUAUGAAUAUGAUGUUUAAGUGCCAUAAUAUUUUUAAUUUAAAUCAUUUAAUUUUGGUUUUAUAAACAUGGGAAUAAGAGUUAUUUUUGUAAUCUUUAGCAUUAGUACAAUGUUUGUUUUGUUUUAUACUAUGCUAAAAACAGAUUUCAUAAAUAAUACAGAAAAAGAAUUGAAAUCUAUAUACAAUGAGAGUUUCACAGAUAAAAAUGUUUCAACAUUCAUAACAGAACCAAUGUGUGGCUCCAGUUUUAUCAUUUGGAUUGUCACAUCUUCUGCAAACAAUCCUUUGCAAAGAAUAGCUGUGAGACACUCGUAUCCAAAUGAAAUGUUAAAAAGUUUAGGUAUCAGGAGGGUCUUUUUAUUAGGAAUGCCUAAAGAAAAAGAUAUAUGGACAUAUAUUUUCAAAGAAUCAGAAAUCCACAAUGAUUUAUUACAAGGAAACUUUUUAGAAGAUUAUAGAAAUCUUACUCUGAAGCAUUUAAUGGGCUUGAAAUGGGCAUCCAGGAAUUGUAAAGCUACCUUUUUAAUAAAAACUGAUGAUGAUAUUGUGCUAAAUAUUUUUGAAGUAUUAAGAUUUUUACAUAAAAGAACAAUAAAUGAAAAUGUUCUAUCUGGAUAUGUUUUAAGAAAAAUGAAACCAAUAAGAACAUCGAACAAUAAAUGGUUUGUAACUAAAGAAGAUUUCUCAGGAGAUGUUUAUCCUGAUUUUCUUUCUGGAUGGUUUUAUAUAACUAAUUUAAAAAAUGCGCACCUGUUAGUUUCUGCAAGUGAAACAGUUAAGAAUUUCUUUUGGAUAGAUGAUGUAUAUAUCACUGGUAUGUUAAGACAAGAAUGUGAUAUUAAAAUUGAAGAGUUGAACAAUUUUUAUGCAACAGAUUAUAGGUAUUUGGAAUGCUGUAUUCAAGGCAGAAAGAAAAAACUUAAAUGUGAGUUUAUUGCUGGUCCUGAUGGAGGCAAGAAAGAACUACACAUUAAAUUUAAAGAAUUUUCAGAAUUCUGUCAGUGGAAUUGUGUAAAAAGAAUGAAAGAACAAUUAGUAUCAAGAACUUGUGUAGCUGCCUAUGAAGAGAAAAUAAAUGUUGAGAAUUUUGAAGUGCAAGUUCAUUAUAUUUAGUAUAUGAUAUGAAAUUAGUAUCAAACAUUCAACCACAUUGCAUCAUAAGUAAAUAAAACAAUAAUUAGGUUUUAAAAAUUAAUGAAUUUACUUUGUAGCAAAUAUAAUUUUUAUUUUUUUUUCUUGCUUGGGUUGUU